AUGGCCGGGCCAUAUGGUAACCCGGCUACAGGAAGUUUAGAGUCCUACGCAACUGGCAACAGCGUUACUGGCUCUGGCCUCCAAAUCAAUGCUCCGAUCGGGGAGCUCCGCCAGUAUAUCAACGCAACCGAAAGCAAAGAAGCACAGUGGCUCCGCCAGCUCUUCGUCACCGAUCCUCGCCACGACAAGCAACAUCUCGAGGAGGCCAAGGGGGGGAUCGUACUGGCCGCUUGCGACUGGAUUGUCAGGCCGCCCACAUUCCAGACAUGGAGGGAUGACACUGAUGCUCGCCUCCUGUGGAUCAAUGGCGGCCCCGGAACUGGAAAAACGAUGCUUUUUUGCUAUAUCGUCGAUCACCUGGCCAAGAAACUCGGCAAUGAGGAUAGGCUUGCCUACUUCUUUUGCGGGGCAGGUAGCCCCGAGGCGAGUACUGCUUCGGUUGUGUUGAGGGCCUUGGCCUACAUGCUCAUAACACGGUCGAAGACCCCGGAUCGCAAGCUUUUGGAAUUUGUGGGCGAAGAAUGCGAUACGACUGGCGACAAAGCGUUGGAGGGGCCGGGCAGUUGGUACCGGCUCGAGAAAAUCUUCCGCAGGAUCUUGGAAGACGCAAGCCAGCCAGAAAAAGGGGGGACGAUAUACCUUUGUGUGGACGCACUCAACGAUUGCACCGAGAAUCUUCACAGCCUCCUGAAGUUCAUCGUUGGGGCUGCAAAUUCCAAGGAUAUGUGCCGGGUUAAAUGGCUGUUAACCAGUCAUCGCGCAUCCGACAUCUCUCGGGCUCUCAACGUUGGUGCAACGGCAACGCGGCACGGUAUGGACCUCGACGACUACCCGCAGGAGAGAUUUCGAGCCUGGAAUGCCUACGUGGAUUUUUGGGCCAAGACGCUGGCGGACAUGCAAAGACUUAAUGUCGAGGCCGUUCGAAAACGACUGCGUGGCAAGGAUAGAAACGUGUAUUCUUUCCAGUACACAUCACUUCUGGUAGCGAAAGCUCAACGAGCGACGUCACCCAACGACCUUGUAGAGAUUUUGGACAAGGCAGAGCGGGACGUCACGGGUCUGUAUAAGCAGGCGGCUGAGCGAAUCCGUCAUCUUGAUGACAAGAUCCAACGGGGAUGCCUUGACGCGUUGACCGCUGUCGCUACCGCUUACCGCCCUUUACACUCUUCUGAACUCUGUGCUCUGUCUGAAAUUCACUCAGAGGUGACUAAAGAGAGCAUGAUCCGAGAGUGCGAACCGUUCUUCGUCAUCAACAAGAAGAAAGACGCUCAAAUCACCAGUCAGUCAGCCAGGGAUUUUCUCCGCACGCAAGAGACUCUCCUCGUCUCCAGCCUGGAGAGCAGACACCACCAACUGUUCUCCAGAUCGCUGAAAAUAAUGACAAGGGUUUUGCGUCACGACAUGUGCAGGCUUGGUCAUCCCGGACAUCCAACGGCCGAUGUGACUCCUGAACAGCGGGAACGGCUAGCUGGAGUCGGUUACGCCUGCGAAUACUGGAUCGACCAUCUUCUUGCGUCCGGGGACAGGGGUCUCAGCCCUAAAAAUGCUGAAGCCGUUCACAAGUUUCUCAGAGAGAAAUUCUUGAAUUGGGUUGAGGCAAAAAUCUCAAACACGGAAAGGGUCGUAGAAAUCGCAACCGACGCACUAUCCUUCAUCGAGUUCAACGCCCCAUCCAUAAUGGCAUACCCCCUGCAAGUGUACGCCUCCGCACUCGUCUUUGCCCCAACCCAAAGCAAAAUGGGGGAGCUCUUCACACACCAGAAACCGAGUUGGGUCACCGUCGGCAGCGGCAUGGAACGGUCGCGUUGGAGUCCAUGGAUCCGAACUCUCACCCCACAGGCCAGGAACGUGGUCGUGACUAAACCCGCUGCUUUCUCACCCGACGGGACGUGGGUUACGGCCUUGCUGCGGAGCGAUAAUCAAGGUCAAGGAGACCCAUCUUCUGAAGUUGCCGUCUGGGAUCUUCGGACUGGAAUUCGCCUCUGGACAUUUCCUGGUGCCACUGACUGUGUUGGUUUCCCGCCCUGGAGCGGUCGACUUGCCGUCAUAAUGGGCGGAGACAUGCGCUUCUGGGAUUUGAUGCAGGGCUGCUGGGACGACAACACAAUCAAGAACCUCAGCCCUGUUUGCGCUGCAUUUUCCGCUGAUGGUAUUUGGCUUGCGGCGGUGGCCGAUAAGCCGAACGAUGAGGUUCAGAUAUGGGACUGGGAGCGAGGGGAUUGCGUCCUCAAGUUCGGCGGAACGGGGAGCAGCUCGGGUGCCAUACAUUCGAUUGCUUUCUCAUUUGAUGGACUCUGGAUUGCCACAGCCGAUAGCAAAGGCAUGUCGGUCUGGAGUCAUGAAUCUGGUAACUGCCUCUGGAGGAACGAUACGGUCACCACCACCAUUGCCUUUUCACCAAGCCCGAAAGACUUGGUCGUCUCGGCCAAAUACGGCAUGCUGACAGCUUGGGAUUGGAGAACAAACCAAGAGGUCCGAAAGCUCGUUGUCAAGGAAAACCCAUCGCUGACGGAGAAUCGAAACCCGGUCGCGAUUUCAGCGGAUGGCAGCCGGUUUGCGGUGGCGCCCGCAUCCACGGUAGAAGUAUGGAACGCGAUAACAAGACGCCGUCACCAGACGCUUGGCGGCCAUGAGAAGUAUGUCGGGUCAUUGGCCUUCUCACCUGAUGGUGACCAACUGGCAGUGGGGGGUGCCCGGGGUCUUAAGAUCUGCCUGACCGGGUCGGCCGAAGUGAACAAUUCUCAGGAACAGCGGGACCACAAGGGAAAGAUCAAAAUAAUAAAGUUUUCGGAUGACAGAAGGAAGAUCGUCUCGGUUUCAGUCGAUGUUGUUCUUGUGUGGGACGCGAUGAACGGCCGUCGCAUUUCUCGAAUUGAGCCGACAGUCGUGCCAGAAGAUGAUAAUCUUUUGGAUGCUGCCCUCUCCGGCGACGGCUCUUGUCUCAUCCUCAUCCACCGGGAUCUCGACCCAACGGUAUGGGAUACCGAAUCAGGCCACUACUCCCACACGAUUCCACACCCGUCAGCGCUGGCGUGCGUCUCAUCCGAUAGCACGCGGGCCGCGUUGGUGUCUUUUUCGCACACCGUCAAUAUCUGGGAUCUUAAGGAUGGCAGGUUUGAUCGUGACGACAUUGCCAAUUCGUACACCGAGGGCACGGGGGAUGUGGGGUACGUUGUUUUUUCCCCGGUGGCUCAUCAGAUCGCAGUCUCGGGGGACGGCGAGAUCACCCUAUGGGAAUGUCUGGGACGCCGUCAGAAGAAGCGACAAACGAUGGUAAACUCUGGGAAGGCAACGUCGCUCUGCUUUUCCUCCGAUGGGCAACUGCUUCUGUCCUCAUGCGAGGAAGAAAUAAGGCUCUGGAAAGUUGCUAGUGGUCAUUGUGUGCAGGUUGUCAAGGGAGUGAACCCGAGUAUCGGCGUGGUUGGUUUUGACGCCCUCAAAACUCAAAUCCUGACGAACUUUGGGAUUAUGGCUUUUGGCAAACAACCGUCCAGUCUUGAGCUUCUACGCAACGAUACGGCCACCGAGAAGAAAUGGCAGCGCUUAGGUUUCGGUAUCGAUCAGGACAAGUCGUGGGUCACCUGGGGAUCCGAUCGUGUGCUUUGGUUGCCGCCGGAAUACCGUCCCGAGGGUAUGGCCGUGUUGCCUACGGAACCAUCGAAGAAGUUACAGGCGUCACUCAUUGUUCUUGGGUGCCAUUCAGGGAGGGUCGUGUUUCUCCGAUUUUCAGGUCAAAAGCCACCGCUCGAGCUUGUCAGCGGCAAGCCUAUCCAUGAGACACGCUAG